AUGUCAAAGCUGCCUACACACACCACAAACAAACCGAAAAAAAGCAUGCAAAACAUCGAGUCGCAGAGCAAGUCGAAUAGACCUGUAUCUGAUACUAUAUCGAACCCAGCAGCCAGUAUCGAGAGCGGGGGCGUGUCCUAUACGAAAGCGGGCGACAAAUGCCACAAGACGUCAAACGGAACGUUAGAACUCUGCGAUCACGAGGGCGGGGGUCAUGGUCACAUAGACACGCAUGCACUUCAGAGGUCCGAGGAUGUGAAACGGCCACAGAGGGCUACGGCAGGGCGUGUGAGAUUGAACGACAUCCCAACAGUGAGAGAAAUCGGGGACACGAAUACAGCCAAGUUAGGGAGUAUCCGGCGAGAUAGGGUUACGGGUACAGCUGAUGCUGAGGGUGACACCCACAGCAACAGCACAGACGAACUUGGUGUGAAGUACAUACAACUGGGUGCACACACGAACAUACCCGGUGUCCAGGAUUUACACCAAGGUGGUACGUUUAGGGUCGGUGUUGGCGGUAUACAGCAAAGCGAUAACAAGGACGCAGGUGUUGGCAAAGGUAUACAUCAGAUGAACAGCACGGUUACAAUUGGUGCUAAGGAUGUACAUCAUAGUAAUGGCGCAGUUACAGGAGAUGCUAGGCCUGAUGCUAGCAGUGGUAGUAGUGCAGUGGGUGUAGUUGAUGCCAAAACGGGCUCACAGCAACGCCAUGCCACAGCCACAGGAGGCACCGAAGGUGCUCAACAGUAUAUCGACACGCAUACAGCUGAUACUAGGGAUAUACAGCUUAGCAAUGACAUAGCGCACAGUAAUGGCACAGGCUCAGUUGGUAGUGGGGCUGCCGGGAGCAGUGGUAGUAGUGUCGGGAGUGCGAGUACGAAUGCAACGGGAGGGCUGAGGCGAAAGACUGCGGCGUCUGUGCAUUCCAUGCAGAAUCUGACC